AUGACGACCCCAACCCACCCAACGCCCCAGUCACCUGGCUCUCCGAACCAAUACGACGACGUCCACAUGGCGGAGGCCGAGUCCGAUUCCGAGUCCUCGACCGAAAACUUGCUCGUCGUCAACGAUCGCGACUCGAGCGGCUCGACCGAUGCCUCCAUGGAGACAGCCACCAGUGGCAAGACGGACGCUUCGAUGGGGACAGCCACCAGCGGCGGAACAGUUGCUUCGUCGGUGACAGUAACUAGCGGCAGCUCGACAGACGCUUCCUUCGUGACAGCCAACAGCGGCUCAUUGGUCACCGACCCGGCCACGACAGUCGUGGCGGCGGACGCUACUGUGACGAAGCUACCCCAGCCCGCCACACAGGCGCCGCGAGCACCACGGACGCGCACCAUGAUUGAGCUCGGGGACUCGUCGCAGCCCGAUAAGCCAUGGUACCUCGUCGACUUGGACCCCAACCGCCAAGUCACCUUCGGCAACCGGCAGCCUCUCACGGCGACUCUCGUCCCACCCCAUGCCGCAGCCCUCCUCGAGCGCAUCACCGUCCUCCGCCCUUCCGUCCUCGAUCAGGUUGGCGCACUGCAGCAGAUGAACGGCGGUCAGGCGAGCCCCAUCAAACUGCCGCCGUAUCUUUACUGCGCGCGGCAGGCAUGUGUUUGCUGCAACGACGCCGGACGCGAGUGUAUCCUCCAGAACGUUGUUGUUCUCGACACCAAGCAGCUCGCCCACCACGACAUGAAAUGCCCCGUGUGCAAGUGGGAGGAGAAUGCUCGCUUCCCCGGCCGUUUGAUGGUGUUUGAGUUCCCUGGUGGUCAGUAG